AUGUGGCGUGUCGCCGGCAGCCCGCGCGGACUAUCAAUGGGAGGUGUGCGAGGCGCUGCGGCGGCGUCGUCCCACUCGUUCUCUCGACGCGCGGCUCCCGGCCGUCGCCGACGGUGCGCGACGCCACCCGAGGAUAAAUUUGGCGCUAAUGGAAACUGGCGAAGGUGGGCGCCAGUAAUCAAUGUUCGUCGUGGAAAUCGAGAGGUAUUAAGAUAUUAUAAAUAUCAAAGGAAAAUCAAAUAA